AUGGGAAGUUGUUUCUCUCGUAGCAAGGGCAGUCAAGCCAGCUCCACCCAGUCCACCCAAAACGACCACAAGAUCACAGCAGACGACGUCAGCUCGGACUGUAGAAUGGGAGGCGGGGCCUUACAGCAGCAGCAUGAGGGGCGGGGCCAGAUCUCGGCCAAUGGGAACGUGGAGCGCCCCCCUCACCCGCUGCCCGUUGCCAUGGCGACCACAGUGGUCGAGCGACGCCCCUCCUUCCGGCUGCUGACGUCAUCACAAGCAGAGCACACGGUCACUGUGUUGGCCACGCCCCGCGAACAACUCAAGCUCCCCCGAACGAACAGCCAAUCCCGCAGUGAUCAGAGCCAACGAGCGGUGGUGACUCGAAACGCCUCGUCAGCAGGUUGUGACCUGAAGGUGGCGGCGCUGUUCGACAGCUACAGGGAUGCCGAUGAUGACGUCAUCCUCGCCGACGGCAUAGAACGGCUGUGUCAGCAUUUGUCGCUCGACCCCAGCGAGUUCCGCGUUCUUGUGCUCGCUUGGAAGAUGAAUGCUGGUCAAAUGUGCCGGUUUACACGGGAGGAAUUCACGGGCGGUUGUAAGGCGAUGCGCGUAGACUCUCUGCGCAGCCUACAGUCACGGCUGACAGAGUUGAGUGAUGACGUUAUCCAUCAGCCUGACACGUUCAAGGACCUCUACAGGUUCACGUUCCGUUUUGGCCUGGAUCCAGCGCAACACCAGCGUAUCCUGCCAACUGAGAUGGCAGUGCUCUUGUGGAGGCUGGUGUUCUCCAAUCACAGCCAACCGCCGCCCAUACUCGAACGCUGGCUCAGGUUUCUAGAGUGUCAUCCGCAUGUCAGAGGCGUACCACGUGACACGUGGAACAUGUUCCUGAAUUUCGCCGAAUCGGUGGGUGACGACCUGAGCAGUUACGACGACGCAGAGGCGUGGCCAAGUCUGUUCGACGACUUUGUCGAGUUCGAGAACGACCAGGCCAAUCAGAACAUCAGCAAGGACAAGCGCGGCGAGGGAGAGCCUGUGAUUGGUGCAGCCGUCAACGAGUGCUAGCCCAAUCAGAAGCGAGGACAGGUGAGGCGGGGUGAGCUGUGAAUGAGUGCUAGCCCAACGAGGGGCGUGGCUAGGAGAUGGGAGGCUCUGAUUGGUGCUGCCGUCAACGAGUGCUAGCCCAAUCAGAACAUUUUUGUCCUGUUGCAUGAUAGAAUAGAAGCUAAUAGUCGAAUACUUUUCUAUAUUAUAAUAACCAGUUGACUACUGGUAGGCCAAUUAUUAGUUUGUAUCCUACAGGGUGCGGCA